UAUUGGCGGCACAGGAAACAGGGGGCGGUGCCUGGCUUAACUUUCAUCUCAUAUAUACCUAUCUUUCUUCCCCCCGCUUUCCCCAGCGCCCCGCAUUUGAUGCGCGAGUUGUAACUUCUCCGGGGCAGCCAGAAGGGAAAGACUUUGGCUUCCGCUUCGCAGUCGGAAGCUUGCUGUCAGUGAGCGCGCUUGGCCGAGAGCUCGGCGAGGCGCUGCCUCCGGGGCGAAGCCCGGCCCGGCCCAACUCUGCUCCUUUCCCGGGUCCCCGGGCGUCUGUCUGACAGGCCUGCCAUUCCAAGAAGAUGGGCCGAAGAAAAUCAAAGAGAAAGCCUCCUCCGAAGAAGAAAAUGACGGGCACAUUGGAAACCCAGUUCACUUGUCCUUUCUGCAACCACGAGAAGUCUUGUGAUGUAAAGAUGGAUCGAGCACGAAACACUGGUGUUAUAUCCUGCACAGUCUGCUUGGAAGAAUUUCAGACGCCUAUUACAUAUCUGUCAGAACCCGUGGAUGUAUACAGUGACUGGAUAGAUGCCUGUGAAGCAGCCAAUCAAUAGUGGCUUUGAGGACCUGGCCUGCUUGCUGCCAAGGGUGGGCAUCCCAUUGGGCCCUGAGUAGCUGGAAGACUUUCCUGAGACCACAAAGGAAGUGACUCCUAAACUUCAAUUGUCCCCUCCCUAACCUGGGGCCCACCCCCAUCCACCCCCAUUCCUUCUCUCCAGAACAAUGGAAGAAGAAUGGCUCCUUCUGUAGCUCUAGCCUGAGCUAGGCCUAUACCUAUUCCUGAAGUUCUUGGACUGGCAUCUCUGCAUUUGUUUGUAGGUGGGAGGGGCAGUGGUGGAAGGCACCAACCAAGCUAGGCAGCUGCCAUGGGUCUCUGAAGGCUUGGGGGAGAGUCCUCUGUCCCUCAGCCCUCUUGAGACCAGACUUGGCCCUCCCCCCAGGGGAGGUGCAGAUACUGUGGCCUUACAUCAGUCAGAUAUGGCUGAGUUGUCUCAGAACUCCACCAGUACCUGGCUUCCCAGUGAGCAAACAGCCAGGUCUGGGGGAAGAGAAGAACACCGGAGUGGCUCCUGCCACUGGGACUUAGCACUUGAUUGGUUUUAUCCUCUAUCAUUUUAACUGUAAUCUUUCCUCCCCUUUCAGAAGUGACUUGAUUUCAGGCUGUCUAAAAGUCCCUCCUGUCAGUUACUACAAAUAAUACUGAUCUAGCUGAGAAAGAUGGGGGUUUGGUGGGUUGACAGGGUAGGCAGGUGGAGGGAAAGGAACUGUUAGUGUCCCUUUAAUAAACUAUUCUCUGAGGGA